ACUCUCCCAAGCUCACAACAGGACGAGCAAUACCCACUAAAACAAAACAAGCCCCUCCAUUUCUCUACACCAAAUUUGGCCGUUGACUCUUUCCCAUUAGUUUCUCUUGUGCACCAAACUACCCAAUUCCAAUUUGAUUUCCAUUUCUCAGCUCUGAAUUUUCUUCUCUGUUUCUCUUUGCAAUAACAACAGUCGAGAAUGGCAGCGGCGACUCUGUCUUCGACGGUGUCUGCAAUCCCAACUUCCUGCUCUUCUUCGUCUCUCAAAGCAAGGACCUUGAAGACUUCAGCUUUUUCUUCUUCGUCCUCGCUCUGCUCUCUGAAUCGUUUUCCUUGCAAUCCCAUCUCAGCUCGUCCAUCGUGUUCCAGAAAUUUGUAUAGGGUACAUGCAACUAUUCUCCAAGAUGAAGAAGAGAAAGUGGUGGUGGAGGAGUCCUUUGAGUUCAAGGCAACUACCUCUGAUGAAGUCAAAGCCAGCAGUGGGGAGGCCUCUGAGAGUGAGCCUUCUAGUGAUUUUGAGAAAUGGGUUAUCAAGGGUGAACAAUCCAUCAACGUUUUCCUUACGGAUACAGUGAUUAAGGUACUUGAUACUCUUUACCACGACCGUGAUUAUGCCAGGUUCUUUGUACUGGAAACUAUUGCAAGGGUUCCCUACUUCGCCUUUAUGUCUGUUCUGCACUUGUAUGAGACUUUUGGCUGGUGGAGGAGAAGAGAUUAUUUGAAAGUGCAUUUUGCUGAGAGCUGGAAUGAGAUGCACCACUUGCUUAUCAUGGAAGAAUUGGGAGGAAAUGCUUGGUGGUUUGAUCGUUUUCUUGCUCAGCACAUUGCGGUCGUCUAUUACUUUAUGACAGUUUUUAUGUAUUUAAUAAGCCCACGAAUGGCAUAUCACUUCUCUGAAUGUGUAGAGGGCCAUGCAUUUUCGACAUAUGACAAGUUUAUCAAGGCUGAAGGAGAGAAUCUGAAAAAAUUGCCUGCUCCUGAGGUUGCUGUAAAAUACUACACUGGAGGUGACUUGUACUUGUUUGAUGAAUUUCAAACUUCCAGACCUCCCAAUUCUCGAAGGCCGAAAAUAGAGAAUUUGUUCGAUGUAUUUCUGAACGUAAGAGAUGAUGAAGCUGAGCACUGUAAGACGAUGAAGGCCUGCCAAACUCACGGGAACCUCUUUUCUCCUCAUUCAAUUGUAGAAGAUCCCUUGGAUCCUGUGGAAGAUGAGUCUAUCUGUGUCUCACCUCAAACAGAUUCUGAAGGUAUUGUAGAUUGUAUUACAAAAUCCGUUGCAACGAAACCAGCAGAGUGAACACUUACAGAGACACAACGGAAGAACAGGAAAUUAGCUAGAAGUUACAAACGAUAAUAGUAGAGUUUUGUAUACACUGAACAAUAAUAUAGGUCCAACAGAUUUCUUCGUUAUUCAAUGAAGUUUGCUUUCUCUUCCA